AUGUCUUCGUUGACGGAAACUCCCGAGCCCACGACGGGCCCGGGCACUACAGCAUCACCCUCGCCUCCAACCUCCACCCCUUCUCCGUCGGGCUCGAGCGCUACGACUGCUGCCUCCGGCUCGGCUUCGCGCCGCCCGCCGCGCAAGAGCACCCUCACUCAGCAGCAGAAGAACAACAAACGCCAACGCGCAACGCAGGAUCAACUGGUCACCCUGGAGGUCGAGUUCAACAAGAACCCCACUCCCACCGCGGCGACCCGGGAACGCAUCGCGUCAGAUAUCAAUAUGACUGAGCGAUCCGUUCAGAUCUGGUUCCAAAACCGUCGCGCCAAAAUUAAGAUGCUCGCGAAGAAGAGCAUUGAGACUGGCGAGGGCUGCGAUUCGAUCCCCGAGUCGAUGCGCCAUUAUCUUGCAAUGCAAUUCGAUCCCACUAAGCCAGGAAGUCGUGACACCUUUGGCCGCUCAGUAGGGUACGGGGCACCCGGCAUGUAUGCCAACGAGUCUAACCCGAAUGGCAAAGUUGUUAUUUCUCAUUUCACUUGCCGUUCUUUGACCAUUGGAAGCUGGCGCCGCAUCGGACAGAACGCCAUGGAUUUAGUCAUCUUCUACUCGCCUGACAAGGCCUGCAUGACCUACUAUAUUAACAACGACUCUGCCGGCUAUAAAAUCGAGUACCCUUUCGCCCACAUCAAGAACAUCACUUUGGAGACUGGAGACCCAAACCCUGGACCGAAUGGCGCACCGCCCCAGCCUGGUGGUCUGGUCGUGGAAUUGAACCGCCCGCCGCUGUUCUACAUGGAUUCCUCCAACUCUGGCGGCUUCUAUCAAUGCGGCGAUUUCACCGAGGAGCAGCAAGCGAGCCAAAUCAUGGUUCACCACCUGGGAGGCCAUCCCAAGGUCCUGAGCGUUCAGCUCGCAAAGCUGGUUUCAUUGGAAUCUUUCCAGAACCGCUUGGCGUAUAAUAACGUCAACGGCAAUAACAACAACUUUGCCGUGCCCGGUGCCAUGUCUCCGCCCUUUAUUCAGCGCCCAGCAUCCCAACCGAAUCACUUCCAGCCUGCUGCCUACUUGAAUCUUUACCAGGAUCACAACCACCUGGGCUUCAACAUGCAGGCUGCCCGUGGACACAAGCGCCAAAGAAGCCGCUCGGUGCCAGUAGCAGUUGACAUUUCAACGCUUCAGGCUCCAAUGUCUUCAUUCCAUAUGCCGCAGACACCGGCUCCAUUUAACCACCACGCCGAGUCUCACAUCUAUGCGCCAGUCCCGCAGUCAGCACACGCUCUGCCUACGGAUCUGCGCAUUGACACCGAUGGAUAUGGUCUUGAGUUCCGCGCGAACCCAAUGUCUGCAACGACCACCGCCUCGCCGUCCGACUUUGCUAGCCCGUCGAUGUUCAGCAGUGCUGCUAAUGGUGAAUCGACUCCCGUCGCCAGCAUGGCAUCUCAGUUCAACCUUCCGUUUGGGGCUGGUCCUUCAGACUCUUCAACUGUCGGGUCACACGCACCAUCGCCCUAUUCUGGCGUUAGUUCUGCGGACCCAAUGAUAGCCAACCACUCUCCUCCGCUCUCCAACAUGUCCCACUCCUCAUCGGACAUGUAUGGCUUUGCGCAUGAUCAAAAAUCUGCCUUUGUUGAGGAUGGUCUCUCGAUGAGCGAUAUGUAUCCCAAGCAUAACUUCAACUACACGGUCUCGCACGAUGCUCCCGCUUUCGACCUACCGAUGCAUGGCAUGUCAGGUCACGAUUCUCCUGGGAUGGGUGAUUACUCCCACGGCAUGGUCAACCUCGAUGAGAUUAACUCGCAGGGCCUGCCCUCCGGGUCAUCCUGA